AUGGAGUUCACGAAUGGCGUCGAUGGUGUGGAGGAAGCGGAAGGCAUUGUGCAAAGGGCGCGCACGUGGAGCCGGAGUCUUCCUUUCUUGACUGACGUUCUGGGGAAUAGUUUAAAUGAUCGGUUACUGUUCGCGGUGCCAAAGAAGGGCCGCCUCCACCAAGCCUGCUUGGACCUUCUCCAUGGCUCAGACAUACAAUUCCACCGCCACUCACGGCUCGACAUUGCCCUCGUCAAGAACCACCCGCUCGCCCUAGUAUUUCUCCCCGCCGCCGAUAUCCCUACGUUCGUUGGCGAGGGACGAGUCGAUCUGGGCAUAACCGGGCGAGACCAAGUCGCCGAGCAUGAAUGCAUAGUGCCCCCGACAGAGAUGACGGGAGUAGUGGAGGUCAUGGAUCUCGGAUUUGGCAAAUGCAGUCUGCAAGUCCAGGUGCCACAGAAGGGGGAGUUGGCGAAUCCAGACGAUCUGAUCGGAAAGAACAUCGUGACGAGCUUCACAAAUCUGGCAGAACAGUACUUCAGGAGAUUAGAAGCAGCGCAAGCGGGAAAUGCUACAAAUGGCGAGGCAACCGGAGGAGCGAAGAUGAAGACGAAUAUCAAGUUUGUUGGUGGCAGCGUGGAAGCCGCAUGCGCGCUCGGUGUUGCAGACGGCAUUGUCGACCUUGUUGAAUCUGGCGAGACAAUGCGUGCUGCUGGACUGAAGGCGAUUUCAACAGUUAUCGACUCGAGCGCUAUCCUCAUCAAGUCAAAACACCCGUCGGAUCCCAAGCUUGUUGACCUCAUUACCGCAAGGCUCAGGGGUGUCAUAACUGCACAAAAGUAUGUCCUCUGCACAUAUAACAUCGAGCGGCCCAAGCUCGAAGCCGCCUGCAAGAUCGCUCCCGGAAAGCGCGCCGCUACAAUCAACGCGCUGGAAGAGGACGGCUGGGUCGCUGUCCAGGUCAUGGUCGAACGGAAAGAGAUCGCCGUUGUAAUGGAUAGGCUUACCGAAGCCGGAGCCUGCGACAUUUUGGUGAUGAAGAUCGAGAACUCUAGAACAGCGUAA